UCCAGCUGCAAGGGGCAUGCUUUCGAAGGCCAGGGAGCGGUUGCUUGGCGGAGGGUAAUGGCAAGGAGGAAUAGGAGGUCGUGGGAUCAAUGACUGUCUUUGGGAAGAUUGAGAUCAUGGCGAUGGUGAUUUGUAUCAAAUCAACAUGGCGUAUGCCCACUGGAAGUCGGAAAAACGUGAAGACAGGGCUGUGUUUGAUCUCUUUUUUCGCAAGAAUCCAUUCAGCGGAGAGUUCACCAUAUUUGCAGGCUUAGAGGAAUGUUUGAAAUUUCUUGAAAAUUUUAGGUAUUCUGAAUCAGAUAUUGAGUACCUAAAAGAGACAAUGCCAGACACAGUUGAGCCAGAAUUCUUUGAUUAUUUGGGAAAUCUGAGUGCAAAUGAUGUUAAAUUGUAUGCCAUUGAUGAAGGAAAAGUUGUAUUUCCAAGAGUUCCAUUGCUGGUGCUGGAAGGACCUCUGAUUGUUAUCCAGCUCCUUGAGACGACACUCCUCACUCUUGUCAAUUAUGCGAGUCUCAUUGCCACAAAUGCUGCGAGAUACAGGAUGGCUGCAGGCCGAAGAAUAAAAUUGUUGGAGUUUGGCUUGAGAAGGGCACAGGGACCCGAUGGUGGUCUGUCAGCAUCAAAAUAUGCAUAUGUUGGUGGCUUUGAUGGAACCAGUAAUGUGCUGGCUGGUAAGCUGUACAACAUACCAGUGAAGGGGACGCAUGCUCAUUCCUAUAUUUCUUCAUACUCCAGUUUAAAUGAUCUGAAACAUGAGACUCUAAAGCACAGUGAGACCGGUGCAGAGAUGAACUUGAAAGACGUAUCUCUGGCUUGGAGGAGCUUGCUAGCUGAGAAGUUACACCUAAUACACUCAGAAGCAUCAGAUGGGGAACUGGCAGCAUUUAUAUCGUAUGCCAUUGCGUUUCCUUCUGGCUUUAUUGCUCUCAUUGACACUUACGAUGUUCUUAAGAGUGGAAUCCUAAAUUUCUGUGCAGUUGCUUUGGGUCUUAACGAUCUAGGAUACAGAGCUAUUGGUAUAAGAAUUGAUUCAGGUGAUCUUGCAUAUCUCAGCUGUAAAGCAAGAUCAACAUUUGCUGCAGUUUCCCAAGACUUUGAACUGGAGUGGUUUGAACACCUUCAGAUUGUUGCCAGCAAUGACAUCAAUGAAGAUACUAUCAUCAGUCUCAAUGAACAGGGUCACAAGAUUGACAGUUUCGGUAUUGGAACGCAUUUAGUGACAUGUCAGAGACAGCCAGCACUUGGAUGCGUUUUCAAAUUGGUUGAGAUUAAUGGCAUACCAAAGAUCAAGCUCUCCCAGGACGUUGAGAAAGUUACCAUUCCAGGGAAGAAGUCUGUGUAUCGGCUCUAUGGCGCUGAUGGUCAUGCACUGAUUGACCUGAUGCAACGCACUGAAGAGCCUGCACCUCAGUCUGAAACAAGAGUGCUGUGUCGUCAUCCAUUCCAGGAGAGCAAGCGUGCAUAUGUUUGCCCAGCUAAAGUUGAAUCUUUGUUUAAGCUUUACUGGAAAGAUGGAGAACUUCAGCAGGACAUGCCUACGUUGGAAGGAGUUCGAGACAGAGUGCAGGAGUCCCUUCAGACGUUGAGGCAAGACCACAAGCGCAACCUGAACCCAACUCCCUAUAAGGUUGGAGUUACAGAUGAGCUGUACAACUUCAUACAUGACUUGUGGCUACAGAAUGCCCCUAUUGGUAAUAUUUGUUGACGUAUGAGGAAGGGAGGUAAUCACCAAAGCCAUGAUGUAAUUACUCAUUAACUGUAGCUGUAUUUUGAAAAGUAAGUCACUAUCACUUCUUGAUUACUGUCUAGCUAGGAAGAGUAUCCUGGUAGGGGAAACAUAGUUAUUUAUGUCUGUCAUGGAUGUGUAUGUCCUCGACCUCUGUACUUGAUGAUUUAUCGGAGUAGCUCCUCACAAGGGUACCCAGUGACUAGACUACUGGUAAUUUAGUAUGUCGUGUGUGGAUAGCAAAAGUUCCUCCGUAAUAUUGUUAAGUCUUUUGUGAUUAUACCUGUUAUAAUAUUCAGUCCUGAUUUUUUGUGUGUGGUGCUGAAUCAGUGAAGCAAAAGGAAUUUCAAAUUUCUUAUGUGAGUGUUACUUGACAAUUCUUUUUCUUUGUGAAAUAUGGGCAGAUAAACUGUAUGUGACUUUCUGAUGUGGGUUAUGUUAUAUUUUAAGUGUAAUCAUUUCUUGGAUAGAGGAAAUACUUAGUGAUUUUAUUCCUGUUUACAAAUACUUUCUUGGUAAAGAUCAAUUUUUUUAGAGAUAUAAAGGAAGAAAAACUAAAGCUGUUGCAUAUUUUUUUAUUGGCACUUAUUAGUUAUAGAUGGUAGAGGCAUAGAAGAUACCAUGUUGGUUAUUUUCCGUCCAGAUUUCAUGGAUGAAAGUGAAGUGAUGUUAUGUAAUUUGUCACUCACUCACACACACACACACACACACACACACACACACACACACACACACACACACACACACACACACACACACACACACACACACACACACACACACACACACACACACACACACACACACACACACACACACACACAUUCUCUUAUGAUUUUAAUGCAUGGAUUCAUUUCAUGCUUACUUUCAUAAGACCAAACCUGCCAGAAUAUAUUUUGGUCUUAAAAAUCAGAGUGAGAUACAGUAGAAGGUAAACCCAUUAAUCCUGAAAUAGUUUCAGAGGUCAGUUGAGUGAUAAAUUUUAGGAAGUGAACAGUAUUUUACCCUUUAGGUGUUAGACAAUAGGGAGUUAGAAAUGGAUGUUAAAAGAAACAAGUCUAAUGGUUGUAGUUGUGCUGUGAAACUAUGUUAAAAAAGUGCAAUAUAUUUGAAACACUGGCUUUAAAGGAUUAUUGUGGAAUGCAGAUUUGUUUCCAUUGCUUCAUAAAAGUUAAGUAGAAUGACUGAUUUCAAAGAAUAUGUCUCUUACAUUAUCCAGUUAUGAAGUGGUGUCUUAAGAAGACUUCCAGUUUACAAAACAAAAUUGUAAAGAUUACCGAUUUCUUCUCAUAUCUGCUUUUAUUGUAAAAAUUUGGUACAAUGAUGUGCUACGUGUCUAUGUUUCUGUAUAGGUUAAGGGUCUUAACUUUGAUUGUACAGUGUAUCUUGUACAUCUAGACAUUCCUUGGGCCUAUAUAAACUAUACUCUGGCCUUUAUUUUUUACAUGUCAUAGAAAAAGUUAGUCCAGAUUAGAGUACAAGACAUUCAGAUUAUUGCAUGAAGAUUCAAGUUGUAAAGGUUCAGUAAGACACGAGGAAAUCAAUCUGUGUUUGGUAAAAACUGCUGUUAUAUCUUAUUUCUUUAUGUUAUUAUUAUGAUUAUUAUUUUAUUAUUGUUAUGACUAUUGUCAUUAUUGUCAUUAUUAUUUCUCCACACCAUGUCAGCUGUUGCAUGAAGAAUGUUUCAUUCUUAAGAAAGUUUUGGAUAUUUCUGUGUCCUACUGGUAGAGAAAUGUAGUCUUAUAACACAGAAGUUUGUCCUGGUGUAAUAUUUCCCUAAUUGUGUUAAACUGGCAGAUGUUGUUUAUUAAAGUCAGUUGCUUUUAAUCAUUCUCAGAUUUUUUAACAUGUAACAAGUCCAGAUUUAGACAUAAUUGCUAUAGUAUUUUAAGUAUUGAUUUCAUGUAAGAAUGUGAUUUGCUCUUUCGCUAAAAAUGAAAUAACCUAGAAAUAAUAUAACUAGUCAUAAUAAUUAUCCAAGGCCUUACAGACAAAAAAAUAUGGAUUAUGAUAUAAGAAAAUACCAUUUAUGUGAAAAUAUAUAGGAACAGAAUAGUACACCUGUACAGUAGAAAAAUAGGAAUGCUUAAUCUUUUUUUAAAGACAAGUCUUUGCACAUAAUUGUGUGUAAGUCUUGUACUCAUUUUGGCAGAUAGUUCAUUUGAGUCAUUUAUCCUGAAAAGGGUAAUGUUGCACAGGAUAAAUACCUAAGACUAAGGAUGUGCUGGUUAGCAUUCUUAUGGUAUUUUAGAAUUUAUUUUUUAUAGUACACCUCAAGGAACAUCUGCUGUAUGUUAGUCUUGGAAGUACUAUGUUCCUCCUUGAUAUUGUUGAUAUUAUGUGGAAAAUAUAUAUGAAACAAAUUAGUAACUGUAACUGUCUAGCAGAACACAAAUUCUUAGCUGUUGAACCUAUAAAGAUAUUGAUGAUUAAAA